GUUGCAAGACUUACGGUUCAUCGGUCGAUUUAAAGCCGUCAGUUGAACUGAGGUUGCUCUCAAAAAUGGACACCAGUGGACCUACUUCGCAAAUGGGUUCAACAUUGACGUUAUCGGGUGCUGGAACUCAUUUAGGAACAAGUCAAGGUUAUCUAGAUGAAUUGAGUGAUAAGCAGCUUACACCUGAGAUCUUGCAGAUCUUGGUGGCUUUUCUGAGGAAAAAUGGACUUUCCGAGACAGAGGAGGCUCUUGCAAAAGAGGCUAAUAAUCUUCUCGUAAUGGGUGAAGAUGUAACGGCUUCAUCUUCGCUUCCGAGUAGCGAGACUUUAUUAUCCGAGUUCGAAUCCUUUGUCCAAUUUGUGGAUUCGUCGUACGAUUUUUUCCAAGCCGAAUUUAGUCUAUUGCUGUUUCCUAUUUUUGCACAUUCGAAGAAUGGAUUUUUGGUCAAAAUGUCGAAGUCGUCAAUAAAACAACUAGAAAUCCCUUUAGCUCGAACUCCUAUGAUCAGAAAUAUUGUCAAGGAACAUAUUACACUUGAAGCUUCUGAUGUAAUUUCCAAGCACAGGUCGAGCAUUGAGUCACAAAUGGGUGGAAUUCUUGGCCAGGUUUCAAAGAACGAGAGACGACAUAAAAUGUACUAUGGUGUAUUAAAAGACGAUGUAUCACAAACGAUUGAGAAGAGGAAGACAAGAGGGAAAGAACCGAAAGAUAGUAAAAAGAGUCAGGCUGUAGCGCCAGUACCCGAUAGGAUUCCUCUUCCACCACUUAGUGAAGCUUUACGAGAAGAGCGACGAAAAGCAAUGCGGAAACAGAGAAUUUUGUGUUUUGAGGAUGCGUCCAAACUGACGUUAGUGUCUCAAGAAUCUCCCCCAUCUGUGUGCAUGUUGACAGCUUUGAAUGCAUAUGGAGGUGUUUCUUGCUGCGAUCUAUCCGAUGACACUACAAUCCUUUCCAUGGGGUAUGUUUCAUAUUACUACACAGAUUCUUUAGUACUUACGUUAUAUAAUUAUAGGUCUUCAGAUGGUUCUAUAGAGUUAACAUCUCUUAAUGAGGAGCAAAAACUAAAGAAAUUGCGAGAUAUGGAUGCACUCGAACGUGUAAGUGUUAAAUGGUGCAUUUUCUUCGAGAUCGACAUGGAAGCGGAUAAUCUUCCAGAACUAAUUUAUGAUGAUGUAAAUGCGAAACCGGAUGUGCACCUCCAUGGUCAUUCUGGUUCUGUGUACUCCGUCCACUUUUCACCUGACAAUCGCUUAUUGGUGUCAUCUUCCUUAGAUUCUACAAUUCGUCUUUGGAGUGUAGAAACGCAUAAAAAUGUCGUAGUAUAUCGACUCAGUCGCCCAGUUUGGCAGGUGCAAUUUUCCAAUCGUGGUUACUAUAUGUGUAGUGGUGGCGAAGAUAACAUAGCAGCUCUAUGGUGUACUGAGCGAAUGCAUCCUUUGAGAAUUUUCACAGACAGUUACGGUUCAGUGAAUUGCGUGGAUUUUCAUCCGAAUUGUAAUUAUAUUGUGGGAGGUAGUGAAGAUCGUUAUGUUAGGGUCUGGGAUGCACUAACCGGUACAUGUGUGCGAACAUUCUGUGGUCAUUCUGCAGGAGUAACAGCAGUGAAGGUUUCUCCUUGUGGUCGUUAUAUUGUCUCAACCGCAGGAGAUGGGGCUGUUUGUGUUUGGGACGUAGCACAUCAGAGAUUAUCAGGAAUGGAAACGCGAGAGUUCCGUGGAGCCAUGGGUUCCAUCUGCUUUUCACGUGAUGGUGGAUCAUUUGCUGUUUCACAGGGAGACGAGACCUUAUCCGUGUAUUCCCUGGAUAAUUUGAUUGCCGCAACGGGCAAUGUUUCUGUGAACAAUGAGCUCUGCUUCGACCCCAAGAUCAAUAUGCCUAAUUUCAACAUUUUCACUUAUCAAACGAUGCAGACUUCAGUGAUCGGACUGCAUUUUACACGGCGAAAUUUGUUGCUAGCUUUAAAGAAACUUGUUUUUGUCUAUCUUGUCCGUUAUGCUGAAGAGCAACAAGAUUUGGCUUUAUUAUCUAUUAGCACCUUCCAAAGAGCACUUAAGGACCCUAAUCAGUUGAUUAGAGCAAGUGCUCUUCGGGUAUUGUCCUCCAUACGGGUAGGCAUGAUUGCUCCCAUUAUGUUGCUGGCUAUCAAAGAUUCAGUUAGAGAUAUGAGUCCUUACGUCAGAAAGGUUGCAGCACAUGCUAUUCCUAAACUUUAUUCGUUGGAUUGCGAUUUAGAAUUUGAGUUGGUAGAUUGUAUUGAUUUCCUUCUUGCUGACAGACGUAGUCUAGUUUUAGGUAGCGCAGUGUAUGCAUUUGAAGAGAUCUGUCCUAAUCGGAUGGACCUGCUUCAUAAACAUUUUCGUGCACUGUGUCGCGCCUUAGCUGAUGUUGAUGAAUGGGGGCAGGUUAUGAUGAUCAACCUCCUCACUAGAUAUGCGCGGUCAGAACUUGCUAAUCCAGAGCUUGCACCACAGCCUGAUGUAGAUCUUACUCUUCUUCUUAAUUCUGCUCGGCCGCUUUUACAGUCUCGGAACUGCAGUGUUGUAAUGGCAGUCACACAGCUGUUCUACUAUACUGCUCCCAAAUCACAACUAUCGCAGGUUGCUCGUGCGCUUGUACGACUUUUACGAGGACCACGAGAAGUUCAGUAUGUUGUUCUUCUGAACAUCGCAACGAUAUCUGAGUGCAACCCGGUACUUCCUGGUACCUAUGCAAUAUCAAAAAAUAUCUUCGAUCCUUUCCUGAAGUCAUUCUUUGUGAGAUCAUCUGAUCCUUCGUUCGUGAAAGAACUCAAGCUCCAUAUUCUCACCAGUCUAGUGUCAGAAGCAAACGUGCAUAUAAUUCUUAGAGAACUUCAGACAUAUGUAAGUACGGGAGAUUUUGGUGGAUCUGCAAUUGAAGCAAUUGGAAGAUGUGCUGUUCGAGUGAAAGCAGUGAGUGACCAGUGCUUAGCUGGACUUGUUCAGCUCAUUACUUCACCAAGUGAGAGUGUCGUUUGCUCGGCUGUGGUGGUUCUAAAGAGGUUGCUUCAUGCCGAUGCUCCUAUCUCUCUUUUAACCCGUUUGACGCGACUAAUACAAUCCAUCCAAGCUCCACCGGCUAGAGCUUGCAUUGUAUGGCUAAUUGCAACUCACGUUCCCAAUUUGGCUCCAGAUUUGUUACGUAUUCUGGCCAAGAGUUUCAUUAAUGAAGACGAAAUUGUGAAGGUGGAAACAUUAAAGUUGGCCGUAAAGUUAUGGAUGAUUCAUCGUCAAGAGAGCGAAAAACUCGUGCACUAUGUACUUCAGCUUGCUAGAUUUGAUUUGAGUUACGACAUUAGAGACAGGUGCCGUUUUUUGCGUAACCUUCUCUUCAACACUGAAGUUUUAUCUCAAUAUGCGGAGCAAAUUUUUAUGGCUAAAAAACCUUCACCAACGUUUCAAAGCAGUUUUAAAGAGCGAGAGCAGUUCCAGUUAGGUACAUUGUCACAUGCCUUAAAUCAGCGAUGUUCACGCUAUCUAGACCUACCCAAUUUUCCACAAGUUUCUUCUGAUGCGUCACUUCGUCGAGAAGUCAAUUCAUCAGAAGAGUUUAAGUAUGAAAAUAAUGAUGAAGUGGAAGAGGAGGAUGAGUACGAAGAUGAGUAUGAAGAAGAUGAAGAAGAGGAAAGUUUGAAUGAUGAGGAGGAAGAAGAAGAGGAAAAUGGAAGUUCAGAAGGAGGUGAUGAAGAAGUAAACAAUGCAACGACGAACUCUGGUCGUGCCAUCGAGUUGCUGUUAGAUUUAGAUUUUUCUGUAGCUGGAAGUCGUCAGAUCGUCGAUCCACAAUGGGUCUCGAGUUCGACCUACGAAAUUCUCAACACCAUUGAAGGUGAUGGUAUCGAAUUGUCUUUAACAUUUCCACGCACCAACGAUGCACAGUAUACUCUGCUGAAGUUUCUACUACGUAACACCACAGGAGUUGCUAUAGAGGCUGUAGAGCUGAGCCCACCGCACGGUUUCGAUGUUAAAAAGGAUUUUGAGGCUAUUGACUUCCCAGCGGGUGCUUCUCAUAGUCUGUGUGUUUCUGUGGAUUUAGGAGACAGUAUCCGUCGUGGGGAAUGGAUCCUAUCGAGGAAAACAAACAAGUCGGGGAGAAUUGUUUCCAUAGAGCCUAUACGCCUCACGGAGGAAGAAGUGGAAAAGGAGCGUCGUCGAAUGAGUGGUCUUAAUCGUCACUCGGCCGUAUUGUCUGCAUCCGUAUCUGAAGAUGAUGUUCUCAGUGUGGUUAACGCAUAUCGGAUGCCAAAUGGAGUAAGUAGCAUUGGGGCUUUGCAUGCAUUUCUAUAA